AUGGAGGAGACUGGGGAAACAUACAAUCACACACACAGGAUGGAGGAGACAGGGGAUACAUACAAACACACACGUAGGAUGGAGGAGACUGGUGAUACAUACAAACACAGACAUAACAUGGAGGAGACUGGAGAUACAUACAAACACAGACAUAAUAUUGAGGAGACAGGGGAAACAUACAAACACACACAUAGUAUGGAGAAGACUGGGGAUACAUACAAACACAGACAUAGAAUGGAGGAGACUAGGGAAACAUACAAACACAGACAGAAUAUGGAGGAGACAUACAAACACAGACAUAAUAUGGAGGAGACUGGGGAUACAUACAAACACAGACAUAGAAUGGAGGAGACUGGGGAAACAUACAAUCACACUCGUAGGAUGGAGGAGACUGGGGAUACAUACAAACACACACAUAGGAUGGAGGAGACUGGGGAUACAUACAAACACAGACAGAAUAUGGAGGAGACAUACAAACACAGACAUAAUAUGGAGGAGACUGGGGAUACAUACAAACACAGACAUAAUAUGGAGGAGACUGGGGAUAUAUACAAACACACACAUACUAUGGAGAAGACUGGAGACAGAUACAAAGACACACACAGGAUGGAGGAGACUGGAGAAACAUACAAUCACACACACAGGAUGGAGGAGACUGGGGAUACAUACAAACACACACAUAGGAUGGAGGAGACAUACAAACACAGACAUAAUAUGGAGGAGACUGGGGAACCAUACAAACACAGACAGAAUAUGGAGGAGACAUACAAACACAGACAUAAUAUGGAGGAGACUGGGGAUACAUACAAACACAGACAUAAUAUGGAGGAGACUGGAGACAGAUACAAAGACACACACAGGAUGGAGGAGACUGGAGAAACAUACAAUCAUACACACAGGAUGGAGGAGACUGGAGACACAUACAAACACACACGUAGGAUGGAGGAGACUGGGGAAACAUACAAACACAGACAUAAUAUGGAGGAGACUGGAGAUACAUACAAACACAGACAUAAUAUUGAGGAGACAGGGGAAACAUACAAACGCACACAUAGUAUGGAGAAGACUGGGGAUACAUACAAACACAGACAUAAUAUUGAGGAGACAGGGGAAACAUACAAACGCACACAUAGUAUGGAGAAGACUGGGGAUACAUACAAACACACACAUAGAAUGGAGGAGACUGGAGAUACAUACAAACACAGACAUAAUAUUGAGGAGACAGGGGAAACAUACAAUCACACACACAGGAUGGAGGAGACAGGAGAUACAUACAAACACACACGUAGGAUGGAGGAGACUGGGGAAACAUACAAACACAGACAUAAUAUGGAGGAGACUGGAGAUACAUACAAACACAGACAUAAUAUUGAGGAGACUGGCGAUACAUACAAACACACACAUAAUAUUGAGGAGACAGGGGAAACAUACAAACGCACACAUAGUAUGGAGAAGACUGGGGAUACAUACAGACAUAGAAUGGAGGAGACUGGGGAAACAUACAAUCACACACACAGGAUGGAGGAGACUGGGGAUACAUACAAACACACACGUAGGAUGGAGGAGACUGGGGAUACAUACAAACACAGACAUAUAUAA